GUCCUAAAAUGGUAGAAUUUCACGGUCAGCAGUUUCAGAUCAACUCAAAGGAUGGCAAACCACUUUUUACAGUGGAUGAAAAUGAGGUUGUAAUUGGCACAGAUAAACUUCGAGUCACAGGACCUGAAGGAGCACUUUUUGAACAUUCUGUAGAAACACCACUUGUGAAAGCAGAAGCCUUUAAACAGCUUAGGCUGGAAUCACCAACUCGAUCUUUGAGUAUGGAUGCACCACGAGGAAUUAAUAUCAAAGCGCAAGCUGGGAAUAUCGAAGCUCUUUCCCAAAUGGAUAUCAAACUGCACAGCAGUGAUGGUGUGCUUUUGCUGGAUGCUGAAACUGUGCGACUGCCCAAAUUGCCUGAGGGUACAAGGGGUGGAUCUGGUAUUUCUCAGGGGCUCUACGAAAUCUGUGUGUGUCCGGAUGGAAAGCUCUAUUUGUCAGUGGCCGGUGUGGGCUCCACUUGCCAUGAAUACAGCCGUGUCUGCCAGUGA